GGAAGACUUGCGAUGUGGACAGCCCAGUUGAAGUGAGGCGUCCAGAAUAGAGCAUGGCUGUAGCCCUGGAAUCCCAGGCCCAAGUCUCUCCCCCCACAGAGCUUGAAGAGCUCCUGAUUGUGAAACUGGAGGAGGACUCGUGGAGGUCGGAAUCCAGACCUCAGGAGAAAGUGUGUGACCCUGUCCCUGGCCCUGAGGCCUCCCGCCAGCGCUUCCGGCAGUUCCAGUACAGGGAUGCAUCUGGACCCCAUGAGGCCUUCAGCCAGCUCUGGGCUCUCUGCUGUCGCUGGCUGAGGCCAGAGAUCCGUCUCAAAGAGCAGAUCUUGGAGCUGCUGGUCCUGGAGCAGUUCCUGACUAUCCUACCCAGGGAGGUCCAGGCCUGGGUGCAGGCGCGCCACCCUGAGAGCGGCGAGGAGGCGGUGGCCCUGGUGGAGGACUGGCACCGGGAGGCCCGGGCUGCAGGGCAGCAGGAGCUGACAUUGUGUGGAGAAGAGACCAGGUCCUUAAAGGGCUCUCAGCUGCAUUCAGCAGACCGCUGGCCCGAGAGACCGUCCCAGAGGCAGCAGGAGAGGAAUCCAUGCCCUGACCACCCCAAGCGUGUAGACACCAAGACGGCACCCCCGGCCUUGAAAGAGAGUGCUGUCCUCACUCCCCGAGUCCCCGCUCUCCCAAAGAUGGGGAGCGCUGGAGAUUGGGAGGUGACAGCUGAGUCCCAGGAAGCCCAGGGCACUGGCAAAUGUGCUGAAAAGGAGUUUCACAAGGAGCCCCGUGGAGACAACUGUGGGAAUGGCGUGUCCCUGGGAGUUCUAGUUUCAAAACCAAAUACCAUCUCCCAACAAGAGCCAGGACCAGAAUUUUGGGGUCCAAGUCUUAUAAAUUCUGGAAAAAGGAAUGCUGCAGACUACGGCCUGGAUAGCGAGCAGAUAAAGCCGGCUCCAGCACCGGCCUGGAGGGACUCGAAGGCCUGGGAAGACCACCACCAGUGGGACGUGGAGGACACGAAGGUGUCGGGUGUGCACUGGGGCUAUGAGGAGACCAAGACUUUUCUGGCAAUUUUGAGUGAGUCCCCUUUCUCUGAAAAGCUCCGGACUUGUCACCAGAACCGCCAGGUGUACCGGGCCAUAGCAGAGCGGCUGAGGGCACGGGGCUUCCUGCGGACACUGGAGCAGUGUCGCUACAGGGUCAAAAACCUCCUACGGAAUUACCGGAAAGCCAAGAGCAGCCACCCACCGGGAACCUGUCCCUUCUACGAGGAACUGGAGGCCCUGGUGAGGGCUCGGUCGGCCAUCAGAGCCACAGACGGUCCAGGAGAGGCUGUGGCACUCCCCAGGCUGGGGGACAGUGAUGCAGAGAUGGAGGAGCAAGAGGAAGGGAGCUGGGAGCCAGAGGAAGCGGCAGAGGACUGUAAUGGUGAUGACCUGGCCAUUGACGAGUCCGUCCAGGGGCCCAGGAUUCCUGGGGGUCCGGCUCUGUUCCAGAGUCGUGUUGCAGGUGUGCACUGGGGCUAUGAGGAAACCAAGGCCUUCCUGACCAUCCUCAGUGAGUCCCCAUUUCCUGAAAAGCUUCGCACCUGUCACCAGAACAGCCAGGUGUACCGGGCCAUUGCAGAGCGACUGUGUGCACGGGGCUUCCUGCGGACACUGGAGCAGUGUCGCUACAGAUUCAAAAACCUCCUUCGAAGCUACAGGAAAGCCAAGAGCAGCCACCCGCCGGGGACAUGCCCCUUCUAUGAGGAGCUAGACUCACUGGUGAGGGCGCGGACAGCAGUCAGAGCCAUGGGGACCAUUAGAGAGGCAGCAGGUCUCCCUGCGUCUCGGUGGAGCAGUACAGAGGCUGAUGACCAGGAGGCCUGGGAUGAGACGGCAGAUGAAGAUGGCAUCAAACCUCCAACCCCGUGUCUGAAAACCCCAGACACUGGUUUUGAGGGGAGGCAUGAGGAUGAAGACCAGAGCUCAGAGCAGGAUAUUUUUGAGGAUUUUCCUGGAGCAUUAUCCAAGUGCGCUACAGAAGUGGUCGGCCGCCCUCGCCAUUUGGGGGAAGACAGUGACAAUGACAAUGAAGGCGAAGAGCAGUCAGGAAAUCUCCCGCAGGAACAGUGGGAGGAAUGUUCUUCUGAAGAAGACUUAGAAAAACUUAUUGACCAUCAAGGCUUGUACCUUGCAGAGAAACCCUACAAGUGUGACACGUGUGUGAAAAGCUUCAGUCAGACCUCCCACUUCAUCGCCCACCAGGGGACACACACAGGUGAGAAGCCCUACAAAUUCCUCAAAUGCGAGAAGAGCUUUAGUGACCGCUGCAACCUCAAUACCCACCAGAGAAUUCACACUGGAGAGGAGCCCUACGGAUGCCUCGAAUGUGGGAAAAGCUUUAGUGACCACUCCAGUCUUGCGGCCCACCAGAGAACCCACCCCGGGGCAAAGCCCUACAAAUGUGGGGAAUGUUGGAAAAGCUUCAACCAGAGCUCAAACCUUCUGAAACAUCAGAGAGUCCAUUUGGGAGGAAAUCCUGACUGCUGUAGUGAGCCUGGGGAAAGCUUUGGCCAAAGCAAGUCUUUUAGUGCUCACUGGAGGAACUUGACAGAGGAGACAUCUCCUGAACAACCUCAUAGUGUCCAUAAGAACUUGAAUUCUGGUCCGCACAGCACCAACUCAGGGGAGAAACUUUAUCAGUGUUCUGAAUGUGGAAGAACCUUCUCCAAGAGCUCUGCCCUCAUUAGUCACCAAAGAAUCCAUACGGGAGAGAAACCAUAUGAAUGUGCUGAAUGUGGGAAAAGCUUCAGUAAGAGCUCCACGUUGGCUAAUCACCAGCGAACCCACACUGGGGAGAAGCCGUAUAAGUGUGCGGACUGUGGGAAGUGCUUCAGUGAGCGCUCUAAACUCAUCACACACCAGAGAGUGCACACGGGAGAGAAGCCCUACAAAUGCCUUGAGUGUGGGAAAUUCUUCCGUGACCGUUCUAAUCUCAUUACUCACCAGAGGAUUCACACGGGAGAGAAGCCCUACAAGUGCAGAGAGUGUGGGAAAUGCUUUAACCAGAGCUCUAGUCUUAUUAUUCACCAGAGAAUCCACACUGGGGAAAAACCCUACAAGUGCUUGGAGUGCGGCAAAGACUUUAACAACAGCUCCCACUUCAGUGCCCACCGGAGAACCCAUGCAGGAGGGAAAGCGUCAUAGGAGACACAACAAAAGAGAGAAAUGUGUAUUUAAAUCUCCCAAGAUUAUAAGGUGUAUGAUAGAAAGAAACAUUCCCAAUUUUUAAGCUUCGUGUA